ACCUCAAAUUUCAUCACACUUAUAGAUUGAUGUAAACUUCAGUUUUUACACAUAUCGCCGGCCUUUACAUAUUGUAAAUAAUAAAUCUAUAUCUACUAAAAUAGAUAAGAUUAGAUUCUAGACUUAUAUCUAGAUAUAUUUUAUAAAAAUGCCCACUAUUUCGUUAAAGAGAGAUGAAUUAUUUCAUGCAUUAGGAAAAACAUACACUGAUGAAGAGUUUGAUGAACUGUGCUUUCAGUAUGGUCUUGAGCUUGAUGAAGUGACAUCAGAAAAGGAACAGAUUGAGAGAGAAAAGGGAGUUGGCAAAGCUGUCGGUGCCUCUGAAGUAGUUGAAUACAAGAUAGAAAUACCAGCCAACAGGUAUGAUCUGUUGUGCCUAGAAGGUUUGGUCAGAGGUCUUCUUGUAUUCUUAGAAAAGGAGAAGGCUCCAUUUUAUAAAACUGUGCAGCCUGUUAAUGGCAAGGUUCAAAGAUUGGUUAUACAAAAUUCUACAGCCCAGGUUCGUCCAUACUGUGUGGCUGCAGUACUCAGGAAUAUAAAGUUUGAUCAGGCUAGAUACGACAGUUUCAUUGAUUUGCAAGACAAACUUCACCAGAACGUAUGCAGGCGCAGAACUCUGGUUGCUAUAGGAACUCAUGACUUGGAUACACUAGAAGGACCUUUCAGUUACGAGGCUUUGCCUCCGUCAGACAUUAAGUUCAAACCCUUAGGUCAAACCAAGGAGUUCACUGCCGUAGAACUAAUGGAGCUAUAUUCAGGUGAAAGCCACCUGAAACCAUAUCUCCACAUCAUCAGAGAUAAGCCAGUCUACCCUGUGAUCUAUGAUAAGAAUAGAGUGGUUCUAUCUAUGCCUCCAAUCAUCAAUGGGGAACAUUCUAAAAUAACUCUACAGACUCGAAACAUUUUCAUCGAAUGUACAGCUACCGACCAGGCUAAAGCUUCACUUGUUCUGGACAUGAUGGUUACCAUGUUCUCUUCUUAUUGUGAGCAGCCAUUUACAGUUGAGGCUGCCGAGGUUGUCCAACCAGAUGGUACAGUUAAAGUUUAUCCUGAUCUGCCUUACAGGAAAGAGGUUGUCAACUCUGAUUUGAUAUGUCGGCAAGUUGGAGCAAAGAUCGAUGCCAAAGAUAUGGCCAGGAUGCUAACCAAAAUGUGUUUACAGAGUGAAGUCUGUCAGGAUGGAGAGAAUGUAGAAGUGACCAUCCCACCAACCAGAGCAGAUAUUUUGCACCAGUGUGAUAUAAUGGAGGAUGUGGCCAUCGGCUAUGGUUUCAACAAUAUAGUGAAGACUAUACCAAACACAAAUUGUAUAGCUGAACAGUUCCCUAUCAACAAAUUGUCUGACUUAUUAAGGAGAGAUGUAGCGGCUUGUGGAUUUACAGAGGUUCUAACAUUCGCUCUGUGCUCUAAAGCCGAUAUUGCUGACAAACUUGGUAAAAAAAUUGAAGACACUAAAGCAGUUCAUAUUGCCAACCCCAAAACUGCAGAGUUCCAGGUGGCCAGGACUACACUAUUGCCAGGUAUUUUGAAAACUAUCUUCCACAAUAAAGGCAUGUCAUUGCCACUUAGGCUGUUUGAAAUAUCAGACGUCAUUUAUCAAGAUCCUUCAAAAGAUGUGGGAGCUAGAAAUGAGAGGAGGUUGUGUGCUGUCAACUACAACAGGUCAUCAGAGUUUGAGGUCAUUCAUGGCCUUCUAGACAGGGUGAUGCAGUUGGUUGAGGUGCCUUUUGGUGGCCCAAUGGGCUAUGAGCUGGAGUCCGGAGAUGAUCCAACUUUCUUUCCUGGACGUUGUGCCAAAAUUGUGUGCCGAGGUAAAGUGAUUGGUACAUUGGGAGUCCUCCACCCUGAUGUGAUAACAAAGUUUGAGCUCAAUAUGCCUUGUGCUGCCAUGGAGAUAUCUGUGGAACCAUUCCUUUAGGAUUCUUUGAUCAGUUUAGUUUUUAUCCCAUUUUUGCAUCUAGAAUUUCCAUCCAGUUUAACAGAGAAAUAAAUGAUGAAUAGAAAACUGUUG